AUCUGGCUGUCGGUGUCCCAGGGCAGCUUCGCCACCUUCUCGCCCUCCUUCCCGUCGCUGUCCGCCGCCAACCUGGUCAUCGCCGUGGGCGCCGUCGUCAUGGUGACGGGCUUCCUGGGCUGCCUGGGCGCCAUCAAGGAGAACAAGUGCCUGCUCCUGAGUUUCUUCAUAGUCCUCCUGGUCAUCCUCCUGGUUGAGCUGAUCCUGCUCAUCUUGUUCUUUGUUUACACGGAAAAGGUGAGCGAGAACGCGCAGAAGGACCUGAAGGACGGGCUGGCUCUCUACAACACGGACAACAACGUGGGCCUGAAGAACGCGUGGAACAUCAUCCAGGCCGAGUGGAAGUGCUGCGGGGUGGCGGGUUACACGGACUGGCACGAGGCCCUGAAGGAGAAGGUGGUGCCCGACCGGUGCUGCCAGGAGCACUACAAGGAGUGCGGACGCAACGCCACCAACCUGUUCUGGACCCGGGGCUGCUACGAGAAGGUGGAGGAGUGGCUGGACGACAACAAGCACCUCCUGGGCACCAUCGGCAUGUGCAUACUGGUAGUGCAGCUCCUGGGCAUGGCCUUCUCCAUGACGCUCUUCCAGCAGAUACACAGAUCGGGGAAGAAGUACGAUGCCUAGCCGGAGCGGGGACGGAGCCCGGAGGAGGGGCGGAACCCCUCCGUCCGAUUGGAUAGACUGUGGAGGGGACAACCCCCCCCCCCCCCAUCCAAGAACAUCCUACCCCCUUGUCUUUCCUUACGUCGCUGGCCACGCCCCCAAGGCGUCCCAGAAACCCCACCCAGACUCUAGCUGUGUCACUGCUGUCUCCUGUCCCUUUCUAGUCACCAUUUAUUUGCCAAAGAGAAAUUGGACAGACUGGGAAGAUGAAGGAUGUUGACUUUUUGGCAAGGAACGCUUACACAGCUAUCCUCUCCUCUUCUUUUCCGUAUUUUUUUUUUUUCCUCUCAAACUAAAAGUUUAGCAGGAAGGAAAAAUAAUGACUGCACGGAUUUACUCAUUUAAUCUUCUCCCCUGACUAAAAGGGAUUUGUAAAAAAGAACUGACAUUCUAACACCCCACAACCACCACCUUCCCCAAUAUAAAAGGAUUUUAGUCUUGACAAAUGUUGACACCCCCCCACCCCCCCGUGUAGAAAGUCAGAAGGUUAAAGUAUAGCAUGCUACGGUUUUCUUUUCUACUUAACUUUGCAAUUUUAAAAGUAAAACAGAAAGCUUUUUUUUUGUUGUUUUUUUUUUUUUAAAUGCAGCCUGACUUUGUGUUUGUCUCAUUACGCUGUGGGAUGUGUGUGGGUUUUUGUUUUGUUUUUUUUGUUUUUUUUUUUUGUUUCGUGUUCCUGUGGUGGUGGACUUGCUGUGGAAGGUCAGAGAGGCUGCGGGACGUCCUGUCUGGAGGACCCCUGCUAGUGCCCCCCCCCCCCCCUUUGUGGGCGUCUCACUCAGGACCCAAAGAGACGGGAAGAUUUCGGGACUGCAGCAUGUCCCCACUCAAGGUCAAAAUCUAAUGUUACUGUGCAAGUGGCAAAGACUAGACAGUACAGGGAAAAAUAAUCCUUCUGAGUCAGUCUCCCCUCCCCAGACACACACACACACACACACACACACACUCUCACACACAACACACACACUCUCUCACAGACACACACACACUCUCACACACACACAUACAUACAUACACACACACACUCUCCCACACACACACGCACACAUACACAGAAACACACACACACACUCUCUCACACACACACACACACACACACACACACUCUCUCACACACACACACACACACACACACACACUCUCUCACACACACACACACACACACACACACUCUCUCACACACACACACACACACACACACACUCUCACACCACACGCACACAUACACACACUCUCUCACACACACACACACACACACACACACACACACACACACACACACACUCUCACACACACACACACACACACACUCUCUCACACACACACACACACACACACUCUCUCACACACACACACACACACACACACUCUCUCACACACACACGCACACACACACACGCACACACACACAGGUCCCUUCCAGAGCGCGUUUGUGUGGAGUCGGGCGUUAGCGUAGCCGCAGUAACAGCACGCAGCGCUGGGGCCAGUAAAGUGCUGUGGCCUCCAGCGCCUCAUAGGGGAACUUUGCGCUCAGCGAGCCCGCGUCGGGGAGCCCGUGUGGGGGGCAGGCAGGAGGCCGGGGGGGGGCAGAUGGGUCUCACCGCGGAGUCGCCGGGGGGGGGGGGGGAAUCGCACGGCUCCACACACUUCCCCUCCCCAUCGAUCCGUAGUCCCAGCCCAGAGGUCUGCGGCGUUUCCUCUCUGCAAACAUCAGCUGCAACCCCCUCCCCUUUUCUUUCUGUCUCUCUCCCUCUCUUUCUCUCGCUCUCUCUCUCCCUCCCUCUUUCUCUCUCGCUCUCUCUCUAGGUCUGUCUCUCUCUCUCCACCUCUCUUUCUCUCUCUUUCUUUCUGUCUCUCUCCCUCCCUCUCUCUCUCUCUCUCUCUCUCUCUCCCAUUCUCACUGCCGGAGCAGAGCUGUUUGUUUGAUAUAAAGAGCUGUGCACGGUGUCGCGUGAGUUACGUCCCACGGUGCAACGUUUGCGCUUCGAGAACCGGUUCCGCAUUCGGCAUUUCCUUUCCGCAGACCUCGGCUGCCCCCCCCCCCACCCACUCCCUGUUUCUUUCAUUCUCUCUCGCUCUUCCCCCAUUCUCUCGCUUUGUAUCCUUCUCUCUCCCUGCAUCUCUCUCUAUCUCUACUCCCAUAUCAUUUAGUGAAGGGGUGGGGGGGGGUGGGGGUGGAUCUUUUUCAUGUGGCAGGGGGAAGGAGGGACCAAAAAGCUCGCCCCCAACAACCGCAGUCGUGUCCUCCGACAUUACUGCUUUCCAAUAAACGCAGACGACUUUUUCUCCACCCUGAUCUCUGAUCUGCACUGAAUUUAAAAAACUCCCCACCCCUCCCCCCCGCCUCCUCCUCCUCCUCCUCCUCCCCUCACCCCAUCCCCCUCGUCGAUCGGAGGGAGUCUCGCUGCUCUUCUCCGCCCUGUGGAAGGAGAGCCGGAAUCGAUUUUUUGGGGGGCGGGCAGCGGGUCGAUAACGAGAGCCUUUCGCCCUUGGCGGGGUCCGACAGGACGGCGCUCGCGGUCCCGUCUCCCGCCCGCAGCCGCGAGAGCGAGCCCGCAGGCCGGCGGGUUACAGAACGACUGGUUGUUAGGGCGACGGUCGUUAGGGCAGUGGCUGUCAUGCGGCGUCUUACACGCGGCGUCUGCGUUUCGGCGUCCGGUGAAGUGUGCGGCCGGGUCUGUGUGAUGUGAGUGUGCUGGUGCUAGUGAACUAGCGAACGGGUUGUUCAAGACGGAAUAUUCACUGGGGGGGGGGGGUGUCACGGUGGCCCUUUUGAAUCUGGCCGGUUGUUUUUCGCGCUCUGAAAAUCGGGCGCAGAGGUGGCUUCCUCCUAAAUGUUCAUCCCGAAGAAGCGAUCUGAGGCGGUUUGGAGGGGGGGGGGGUUUCGGAACUCCAGCGCGGAGCACCCCCGUCCGCGUACGACACGUCAGCCUUUCUCCCCCCCCCCUUCGUUUCCACCGCCAGGAUGUCGUGUCUCCUCUCCUACACGUCCACAAAAAAAAAAAAACACGACACACCUGUGCCUCUGCGUUUACCUGACGGGGGAAGUGGAGAGAUUCUGCUUUCGGGAGGUAAUCGUGAAGGGGGGGGUGGGGGGGCUGCCGCUCAUCCGCGGAGAGUGUUCGGUUUGCCGUGCGGUCUCGAAACCGGGACGGUGACAGCACUGGCUGGGAGGCUGUUUGUUGGUGGAGAGGGGAGCAGCUGUAGCCUCUGGGUGAUUAAAGAUGCCCUUUGGUUUGAGCUCAGUGUAAAUCUGAUAUUAACCUCUAAGGAUUUGUGCUAAAAUCUAACGUCUGAGUUUUUUUUUUUUUUUUUCAUUUCUGAAAAUCCCCAGCCCAGAUCUCUCUCUUCCAUCCUCCUUCCCUCCCUCCCUCCCUCUCUCUCUCUCUCUCUCUCUCUCUCACUCACUCACUUUCUCAAUCUCGGAGCAGAGCUGUUUGUUUGAUAUAAAGGUCUGUGCACGGCGUCGCGUGAAUUACGUCCCACGGUGCAACAUUUGCGCUUGGAGAACGGGUUCCGCGUCCUGUGUCGUUCCGCGGCGCGGCUGCGAUUGGGGAACGUUCUGGAUGUCAGAGAGAUGGGACUCGGCCUUUCCGUCGAGUCGUGCGCGUUUAAGAGGUGGUACUAAAAAGCUCAAGGAGGUUUUGUUCGUACACAGCAAUCGCGUGCUCCACGGAACAUUCUGGAAUGUGGAGCGCGUUUUACUUUAAAUUCGCUGCGUGCUCCCUUCCUCCCGGUGUUUGCAGCGGAGUCUGCUCAAGUCUUUCCACUCUGGCUCCCUCGUCUAACGGUCUCAGUGCUAGAGUCUCAUAACUGCUAAUAUUAGGGGAGUUUGGGUAAAGUUUCCUUAAUGCAGCAGUUUCAUUUUGUACAUUAGUUCUCCCUGUGUUCUGUUUUUUUUUUUUUUUCUUUUUAAUAUAUAUAUAAAGUGUUAUUUUAUUGUUUAAUUGUGUCCUUGUUGUGUUAGGCAAAAAAAAAAAAGAAAAAACGUGUUGUGAAAACAUGGUACCAUUAGUAUUGUUGCCUCGUACCGAAUCGAGAAACCCCAAGAUUUCAAAGGAACGAUUUUUCGAAUUACUCCAUUAGACGAGCUUCAGCGGGGCUAUCUGUCUUAGAGAACGCAGUUCUGUCAUUAAUACACGUUGCUGUAAUGAAUAUAAUGGGAUUGCGGUCGAGAAAAGCAUCUGCUUCCGUGGCUCAUUGCAUCUCCGUUUAUUGGCCUGUUUCAGCCGGGAAGAGUUGUUAAAAAUUACAUAUUUUGUUUUUUUUUAACUCUUAAUAUUAAAUAUCUCUAAAAAAAAAUAAUAAAAAAAACGAGUUCGGUUUCUGGCUUCAUGGGAAAAACUCAUCAGUUUCAUAAAUAAAAGAAAUUCUUCAUCCGAUAAGACAAAUUGGAACAGAUUUUUUUUUUUCAGUAGGCCUUCACGGUUCUUCUCAUUGUCUGGUGUUGAUUUACUGAUGUAAAUCAGUACCAGACAACGUGAUGAUUGCAAAUUAAUAACAACACCCCCGCUUUCCAUAUCAUAACGUGUAUUUAGAGGGGGGAGGGGGGGAACCCAAGUAGGAAAUCAAGGUGCUUUCGUGUAUUUGGGGGGGCGACUGGUUUUAUACCCAUUGUUUUUAAUGUUUGGUUGUAUGCUUUUUUUACUUUUUAAUUCAAUGAGCGGCGUCAGUGUUCUGUUCAAUUUUGUAAAUGUGGAGCUUUUUUUGUUCGCAGUGUAUACCUAUUUUAAUUAACAAUAUUUCAGCUUGUAGUGAAAUAUUUUAUAAAUUGCUUUGAAAGAGAUCAAGUAUUUUCUCAAAAUACUUCACUUAUCAUGGAAACUGCCACUGAAAUAAAGAAUAAUAAUACUCCAACAA